AACCUCACGCACGCAGUGACGCAGCGGUAGUAAACGGUCAGACGCCCGUAUGUUCUCUCGUAGCUUUGUGUCCGGUAGCAACAUGUCGGUGAGGAGGGAGCCCAGCGGAGGAACUGCAGUGACUGAGAGCGGCACGCCGGAGACAUAAACGACACGCCGAGCAGUCGGGACGAAAAGCUCCGAGAAUCAGCCGGGGGAACGUCUUUGUUUUCUCACAGCGGCGGGGCCUGUUGGGGGGCUAAUGGACGGAUAAGAGCAAAGAACGGACAGCCGGGUUGAUCCGAGGACUCGCAGGCAGGUGGUCGGGCUGGUUGGGAGAGAGAGAAAGAAGGGAGCAGCGUGUUCGGCCACUAAUCAGGACGGGGAUUCUCCUUGCUGGGGAUGUUAUCUGUAUUGUCUUAUGGCAGACUGGUAGCCAGGGCUGUCCUGGGCGGACUCUCUCAGACAGACGGUCGGGACUACAGCCUGAUCUCCGCCAGCUAUGGCUUCGGUAAAGACUUUCGUAAAGGGAUCCUGAAGAAAGGGAUGUGCUACGGCGAUGAUGCCUGUUUCAUAGCGCGGUACAGGGGCGCCGAUGUUUUAGGUGUGGCAGAUGGUGUAGGUGGCUGGCGGGAUUACGGCGUUGACCCGUCUCAGUUCUCUGCCACCUUGAUGAGAACCUGCGAGCGACUGGUGAAGGAGGGACGCUUCACUCCCACUAAUCCGGUGGGGAUUCUCACCUCUGGUUAUUAUGAGCUGCUACAGAACAAAGUUCCUCUGCUAGGAAGCAGCACAGCCUGCAUUGUCGUUCUGGACCGAAGGAGUCACCGGCUCCACACGUGUAACCUUGGAGACUCGGGCUUCCUUGUGGUGCGAGGGGGAGAGGUGAUCCAUCGUUCAGAUGAACAGCAGCACUAUUUCAACACGCCGUUCCAACUGUCCAUCGCUCCUCCGGGAGCUGAGGGAGUUGUGCUCAGUGACAGCCCUGAAGCUGCCGACAGCUCGUCGUUUGACGUGCAGCUCGGUGACAUCAUCUUAACGGCAACAGACGGCCUCUUCGACAACAUGCCAGACUACAUGAUUCUUCAGGAGCUCAAAAAACUCAAGAAUUCAAACUACGACAGCGUACUGCAGACGGCACAAAGCAUCGCGAAGCAAGCUCACGACCUUGCUUACGAUCCCAAUUACAUGUCCCCUUUUGCACAGUUUGCCUGUGACAAUGGUCUGAAUGUAAGAGGAGGAAAACCAGAUGAUAUAACGGUGCUGUUGUCUAUAGUGGCCGAAUAUACAGACUAAAAGUGCGUGUGCUGCUCUUGGACUUGUCUUUCUCUGCCGCCUGCCCGAGUCUUCCACCUGCAGCUCUCCCAACAUGCACCGCAGGCCGACAGGCGGAGGCCCACCUACACGACUCACACUCCUCACGGCGUGGCUGAAUUUCAGCUUUUGCUUCUUUUCGUUUCCUUCCGCCGUUUUAAUUUGGUGCUUGGGCAGCA